AUGGAUCUAUUGGAAUUCCGCAACAGAUGUGCUGGGCUACACGCAACCGUAGAGCACGUGCGCCAACAUGAUCCUCACGUAUUGAGCACACUGAGAGGCCUCAGAUUCCAUGUCUGGAGGGACUGUCUCACGAAACUCGAUGUACUGCAGCGAGAGUCCCACGCCCUCCUGCAGGUGGCAUCUGGCGUCCAAGGUUCAGAAACAUACACGGACACACUCGCGCUCGACAUGGGUCGCAUAGAGCUCUUCAUCAGUUUGACAAGAACCGCCAUCUACGAGCUGUACAGAAGUUAUGGGACUGUCAUGCCUUUCAAGAGUCCUCUUAAACCGCUCCCUUUCGAGAUGGAAGACAUGUACAACCGGGAGGCCAUUGAGCACAAUGUCCCUUUUGAAGAGUGCGAUGUGCUUUUCGACGAACUCAUCAACCCCGAUCCGGUCAAUAAUACCCAGCGCCUGGAGCAUAACUCUCAGAUUGGUGGUGAUCAUCGCAAGGGGAUUAUUCUUCGCGUACCUCCCCAGACUUGGGGUGAAAAGUCAACUUCAACAUUGGAAGAGCAUGCCCUGGCACAACCCAACCAGCAUCAGGGAAACCAGGCCCCCGAAACCCCUUCGCUGAGCUAUCUUGGAAUGACGCCGCCGACACCAGCGCCUGCCAUUUCAACACCGCGACAGCAGCCAGCGCCAACCAUAGGCAACAAGCGCAAGCAGGCUGAGCUCGAAAUCUCAUCCUCGGACGUAGAGAGCCAACCAACCAAGAUCAGGCGAGGAACCGAAGAGGGGACUGCUACGGCGCAGGGGGUAUCUCACGACAUCAGUGCCACAUCUACGAUUUUGAACUCGCCGGCUCAGUGGUUGGACAAGAAAGACACGGACGAUGCCACUCAAGUCUCCAACCAGCCCAGAGAAUCCCCACCGGCUCAUUCUAGAGCAGAAUGGCGUGGGCCACACACGUCCCCGAAGCUUGCCACACCUCCUCUGGUACAGCAACGUUUGGCCGCGGUGAAGGGGGCAGCUUCCCAGGCCCCGUCGUGGUACACCUGGCCUCUGGCACACAUCCCAGCGCCCAAUCUAUAUUCGGGCCGCCCAGUUCAGCAGACAAUCCCACACAGCGGGCUACAACGUGGUGGCUUCAUAUCUGCGCCGCUCGGAGACGAUGGUUCAUCACCGACACCCAAAGCAAGCAACAUGCUCGGUCCUGCCAGCCAGCGAGUACCAGGUAGCAUUCCGCCCUGGCGGCGCCACUGCCUGAGGGUUCCCUGGCACCAAGCAGGAAGUGCCACCCAGAAAAGCCGCGACGUUGUUCCGCCCUGGCGCCGCCGAGCUCCUCCCCAGACAGCAGCCCAACCUGUCGGCCAACAAAUACCAGGCCGCACUCCACCCUGGCGCCUUGCUACUCACCAGGCGGGGAUACACGGCCACUAUGGCCCUGUGAGUGCGCAAGUGCUCGAUAACAUGCCGUGCUUGCACCCCACUGCCCAGAGACAAGUGUGCGGUCUACAUGUACGGUCCGGGGAGCGCUCGGGCGCACCGAGCCCAGAACAGCCACCCGCCUCUAUGAUGCUGCCGUGCCAGGCCGGAACUCGGAAGAAGCAGCAGCAGUUGCUGAGGCGCGGCGACAUGGCUACGGGGUUCCCUGCGCUGCCACAGCGACGUAUCACGCAGUACUUCCAGCUAUCCAGGAACCAAGCCAGCAACGUGGAACAGGGGAAGCACGCCGGCUUUCAGUCACAACCAGACCCGGCUCACUCUCAGGGCCUGGGCAAGAGUCAAGCUCAACUCACGCCGGCACCGCAGGGCAUGAGACACCCACUGCCGCAGCGGCCGUCUGUUGUCCAGCCUCCGCACUAUUAUUACACGCAGCAGCAGAGAUAG